AAAGAGCUGAACACAGUGUUUGUGAGAAUCAGUAUUAAGUUGGCUUUCACUUGCAACAAGUGUUGUGGUUGGUGUUAUUAAAAUAAUAAUAAUUAUUAUUGUUUAAUUUUUAAUUUUGAAAAAACAAAAAAAAAAAAUCAAUUAAUAAUGGAUCACGAUCAUGAUCACGGUGGUAUGGGUGGUGGUGGCGGUGAUAUGGGUGGUGGAAAAAUGUGCCCAAUGAUUAUGACCUUCCAUGCUGGUCAUUGUGAACGUAUUUUAUGGAAUGGUUGGGUUGCCAGUACUGUCGUCGAAUUUGUAUUCUCCGCUUUGGCCAUCUUUUUGGUAUCGUUCCUCUAUGAAGGUUUGAAAUUUGUUCGCGAAUAUUUUCUGCGACAAACUGUUAAGAAAGAAGCUGAGCGUGUGGCUGCCGAAUUACAACAGAAAAAUGGUGAUGCUGGUACCUCGAAUGGUCAACCUACUUGUCAUGGUAAUAUGCCCGAAAUACGUCAAAAGACGUAUAUGGAAAAGAUAUUCGCCAAACCCCAUCUCAUCCAGACACUCAUCAAUCUGGUGCAAAUAAUACUUUCCUAUCUGUUGAUGUUGAUCUUCAUGACAUUUAACUAUUGGUUGUGUUUGGCCGUUGUUUUGGGUCUCGGCUUGGGUUAUUUCUUCUUUGGCUGGAUUAAACAGGAUGUUUACGAAAGUGAAUGUUGUCACUAACUGAACGUAUGGAACAUUAUAAAUAUGCCAGAAUGUUAAGAUAUUUUUUCUUUAUUGGAACCUUUUUUAAAGUUUAUUUUUUGUAUAUAUUCAAAAUAAAAAUUUAAGUUAGUAGUUCCUUAAAGAAGUUAUAAGAACUGAAGCUUCCGCAAUAAUUCUGUUUAAAUAAUGUGAUAAAAUUCGGUUAGUAAUUUUAACAUGAAUUCACUUGUGCCAUAAAUUAGUUAAUUUAAGUUUUUACUGUUAUUAUUAAUAAAUAAUUUAGUUUUGUUACGAAAAAAAAAAUAAAAAUAUUAAACUUUUUUA